AUGACAAUAUUUGCUACAAAGACAGGUCAAAGAUGCUUCGGGUCCUUCUCUUCCAAUUGGAUGGCCAUCAAUGCUGCAGCAAGACCCCGCCUCAGCCUUGCGCUAAGAAGUGACACCACAGGUGAACAUACCCUUUACACUGCAGCAUAUUCUGCUGUCCCUCUUCCCCUCCAAGUCAGCCGUGUUAUGCUCAAGGCGUCCAUUACUUUCAAUCGUCUUUCAACUAUUCAAAGACAUCUCACAAUGAAUACCCAGGAGCUCAAGAAUUUCCUUGCGGAUUCCCCGCCAAGUACUGUAAACCUAGUCAUCAAGCCCCAUUUCGAUGCCUUGACAGACCAACAAGCACGUUAUGCUCACUUUAUUAGCAGGGGUGCUUUCACAGGAACAAGAAUCACUCUUCGUCAGGUAUCUCCUGAGAGUGAAAGCAUAUUCGACUUCAUUAUCGAGCUCUACAAGAGUACAAAUGGAGAUUGGAAAGCCAUCCAAUCGAAAGCUGGUGUCAGUGAUGAAGACCUCAAAUACUUCCUGGAGUACGCUACACAAUUUUUGGGGAAUUGCGGCAACUACAAGGGAUUCGGGGACUCCAAAUUCGUCCCUCGAUGUGCAGAGAAGGUUUUCGACGAUCUAGCGGCCACUUCUUCCAAGGCGAAUGAACAUUACAAAGCCACGAAAGGUGCAAUAUUCUCCAGUGAUAAUGAUGGAAUCAUGCAUCUGGGCUAUCUUGACGAGAACCAUAUGACCACGUAUUAUCCAGACUCAAAGGGCAUUACCAAAGCAGAGAUUGCCGCUGUGUCCGACUGGAUGGCAGAGAAAGGACUUCUUGUGGAAAACACUAGACUGAGAAAGAAAUCUGAUCGUGACUUUGAUCUUCUGAUAGCGUCAGCUGUCACCGAGGUUCCAGCAGGUGGCGGCGAUAUUGGUAAAGAAACAGAAUUCGAUUUCAGUGGUGGCAAGAUCAAACUUGUGUAUGGAGACCACUCCAAAGAGCUAGGCUUGAUUGCUGGUUAUCAUAAAAAGGCUGCUGAGAACUCCGCAAAUGACAAUCAGAAGAACAUGCAACUGGCAUACGCCAAGUCAUUCGAAGAAGGCUCUCUGGAGGCCUUCAAAGACAGCCAGAGGUACUGGAUUCGUGACAAAGGCCCAAUGGUCGAAUCUAAUAUCGGGUUUGUAGAGACUUACCGUGAUCCUCAUGGUGUUAGAGGCGAGUGGGAAGGAUUUGCGGCUACUGUCAAUUUAGAGCGUACACGAGCAUUCGGAGCUUUGGUUGAUGCAGCUGAAUCCAUGAUUCCUAAGCUCCCGUGGUCCACCGAUUUCGAAAAGGACAAGUUUCUAAGCCCAGAUUUUACGAGUCUCGAAGUUCUUUCCUUUGCUGGUUCAGGAAUCCCGGCAGGUAUCAAUAUUCCCAACUACGAUGACAUUAGACAGUCGGAGGGUUUCAAAAAUGUUUCCCUUGGUAAUGUACUAAGUGCCAAAGCACCAAACGAGAAAAUCCCCUUUAUUUCAGAAGCAGAUCUUGCUAUCUAUCAAAAAUACCGGGAUCCAGCUUUCGAGGUCCAAGUCGGCAUUCACGAGCUCCUUGGGCACGGAACGGGCAAAUUGCUCCAAGAGACAUCCCCUGGAGUUUUCAACUUCGACGUAAAGAACCCACCAAUUAGUCCGAUUGAUAACAAACCAGUAUCGACAUGGUAUAAGACUGGAGAAACAUGGGGAUCAGUGUUUGGAAGUAUUGCGUCGAGUUAUGAAGAGUGCCGUGCCGAGUGUGUUGCUAUGGCCCUGAGUUGUGACUUUGAAAUUCUCAAAAUAUUCGGAUUUGGUGAUGGGAAGACUGAUAUGGAUAACGAAGCCGGGGAUGUCUUGUAUGCUGCGUAUCUGUCUAUGGCUCGAGCAGGCAUUGCAUCUUUGGAAAUGUGGGAUCCUAAGAGUCGUAAGUGGGGACAGGCACAUUCGCAAGCACGAUUCAGUAUCCUCAAGUGCUUUCUUGAAUCAGAGGAGGAAUUUUGCAAGCUGGAUUACAAAAAUGAGGAUCUAUCCGAUCUGACUAUCAAGAUCGACCGUAGCAAGAUCCUGAGCUCUGGUAGGAAAGCAGUCGAAGCUUACCUCCAAAAGCUGCAUGUGUACAAGUCCACAGCCGACAAGGAGACUGGCACGAAGUUCUACAACCAGAUGACGGAAGUUGAACCAAAAUUCUGGGGCGAGAAGAUCAGAAAUGAGGUUUUGCGAAACAAACAACCGAGGAAAGUUUUUGUCCAGGCAAGCACAGUUCUUGAUGAAUCUACGGGUAAAGUGUCUCUGGUGGAAUAUGAGCCAUCUCUGGAAGGGAUGAUCAAGAGUUAUGCUGAAAGAAACGUCUAA